UCUGUAGCUCUACACUCUACCACGUGAUUUCUGAGAAAUGCUCCGUCUGUGGUCACGUGAUGUUUAUGAAACUCAGCCUCUCAGCCACGCCCCCUCUGCUCCUUUCCUGGAUGCACACUGAGCAUGCUCAGACUGACAGGCUGAGAGGCUGAGAGGCUGCAGCAGGGAGAGAUCAGUUCACUACUGGAGGAUGAAGAGGAUGAAGAGGAGACAGGAGGACCUCCUGGAGGACCAGAGGGAGGACCUGAAGUUCAGCUGGUAGAAUGUGUGGAAACUUGACUUGUAGAUGAUGAAGGUUGGGCUUCAGAGUGUUGCUCAAGGACACUUGGGCAGGAAGUGUUGCAGGUGAAGGAGUGAGUGUGAGUUCCAGGAAGAAACAGUCUGUCAGGAACGAGCCUGAUGGGAAAUACUGGAACAGAGGAACACUGGAUGGAGUCUGGGCAUUAUUCUGUGUGUGUGUGUGUGUGUGUGUGUGUGUGUGUGUGUGUGUGUGUGUGUGUGUGUGUGUGUGUGUGUGUGUGUGUGUGUGUGUGUGUGUGUGUGUCUCCAGUCAGUAAAGUCAGUGUGUUUUCAGUCCAGCUCAGUAAAGCUUCAGUCUUCUGUCAGUUUUCCUCCAACACUGAUGAAACCAAGUCUCCUCCUCCGCCUGACGCUUCGUCUUCACUGGACUUUAUUCUCUGCAUCUGGUUCUUCAUGUUCAGGACACACUUUUUACUUUUAGAUUAUAUCCUGCAGUCAGGAUGAUGGUGUGUGUGUGUGUGUGUGUGUGUGUGUGUGUGUGUGUGUGUGUGUGUGUGUGUGUGUGUGUGUGUGUGGUGUGUGUGUGUGUGUGUGUGGUCUUCUCUAACAGUAUUUCAGUCAGUCCACUGAACUCUGUAGCUUUCAGGACUCGGAUGUUUCUCUUUCUCUGAGAGGCGGAGCCUCUUUCCAACACACACUCCCACACUCUUCAACGGUCCGUGAAGGAUUUCAGACUCUGGACUCGUUCUAAAGCCUCCAGACUGGUGUUAAACUGGUCUAGUUGUGGAUUUUAAAGCUGAACAAAGUGAAGGACUGAAGAGUUCGGGGUGGUGAAGUCUCCUCCUCCAGACCUCAGUGAGACGAUGUCUUCACCCUCCAGCAGCCUGAGAACAUGACUCCGAGGAGAAGGCCUCCAGCAGCCGCCGUCUUCCUGGUGAUUGUGAGUGUCUUCAGGGCUGAUUCCUUCACCUGCCAUCCAGCUGAGUAUGAAGUGGACAAUGAGUGCUGUCCCAUGUGUCCAGCAGGAACUCGAGUGGGGGUUGACUGCACAGAGCUCAGGAGCAUUUCCUGUCUGCCCUGUAUGGAGGGAACCUUCACAGAAAAGCCCAACGGGUUAAAGAAGUGUUUCUCCUGCACACCCUGUGAUCAAGGUUCUGGACUGACAGUGAGGAAGUCCUGUUCAGCAACAUCAGACACAGUUUGUGAGCCGCUGGAAGGAUUUCUGUGUGUCGACUCUUCUGACAGAAACGGCUGUGCAGCAGUGAGGAAGCACCACAGCUGUGAGCCGGGUCAAUACAUCCAUCAGAAAGGAACAGCCUCCUCAGACACCCAGUGCUCCCCCUGCAGCGACGGGACGUUUUCUGACGGGAACUCCACCACAUGUCAGCAGCACACACAAUGUGAAGAGCUGGGCCUGCUGCAGACAACAGCUGGAAACACUUCAGCUGAUGCUCAGUGUGAGGAAGAAAACCUAUCUGGAACAGUCAAAGCUGUCAGUGUGGGUCUGGUUCUGGUGGUUCUGUUAAUACUCUCAGUAGGUGGAGUUGUAAUGUUUAUAAAACGAAAGACUAUCUUCAAGGAACGGCAGAACUGACCAGGAGACGUGAAGCUGGUUCCUCCUCCAGCAGCAGAGCUGAACCUCCUCUGUGAGACGGACUCUGAGGCUCCAGAAGCUCAGAUCUCUGAAGAGUCUCCAGACUGACCAGAUCCCAUCACACUGAGACCAGCUGCUGCUCACACACUGACACUUCACCACACAGCUGGUCUCUGCUGGGACAGAUGUGUUCCUCAGAGGGUCUGCAGGGUUCAGGGUUCUGUGUGAAGACAGGAGAACCAGCUGGAUGUCUGAGUACAGAACAAUCUACAAGAUCUGGUGACCAGCCAGAGGAGAGAGGCUGGAGUCAGGGAACCCUGAGAACCACAUGAGAGGAGCUGGACUCAGACACUGGGGAACCAGAGAACCAGAGAUACAGGGAACCAGAGGCUAGGUCACUAACAGUGUUGGUAUAACGGUGUUAGAUUGUAAUGGCGUCAGUAACGGUGUUAUUUUUUUCAGUAACAAAUAAUCUAAUUAUUACUUUUCCCAUCGUUGCGACGCCGUUACCAUUACUGACAAUAUGAAGUGGUGCGUUACUAUGAUUAGAUUGAAUAAAGCGCGAGCGUUGCUUCUGCUGCACACAUCAGCUGCAGGAGAGAGCAGGGAGGAGGGGGUAGAGGGGAGGGGAGGGGGUGAUGAAGACGCGAUUAUUGGCUGGUGGGCGGAUCAUGGCCUGAUCACGUGUCUCACUCGCUGCACGCUCUGACCGUUAAACACAACAAGCUUGAGCCCAGUAGAGCUGGGAAUUCUGGCUCUUUGAAGGGAGCCGGCUGCUGAGGAGCCAGGAGGCCUAAUGUACAGUUACAGAGAUUUGCACUACUUAAAGGUGUAGCGGAUGAUGUUUUUAGCCAAUGAAUUGCGUGAUGCGAAUCUCAACUAUUGGUCCUCCAACAUGUCAAUCACACUGGAGAAACGCGACAAUUGAUCGGCGUUUCCUUGGGAGUAGCAGUAGAGCAUGGUAGGACGGUCUGGCGCAUCCGCGUUUUUCAAAAAGCGAGUAACAGACGUUUGGCUUCGACUUUUGAGAAAAUCGUCCAAUAUACCUGGCCAGAGGUUUACAUUUGUGUUUUCUUAAGAGGCUGCAAUCUAUUUCAAAUAAAUGCCAAAUGUCCUAAAA